AAUUUUCAAUUCAAUGUUUUCAUCUCAUUAAUUAAUUUAAUUGUGACUUCUAUUAUAUUUUUGGAUAAUCGAUAUAAUUAAAGAAUCUUAUCAAAUUAAUUGCUGUUGUUUAAUCUUUGGCUCUAAUUUGCUGGUGUUACCAGGAGGUUAUUGUUUCUUUACCUUUGGUUUCUUCUUGUUUUUUUUCCUUGUCAUUUAUUGUAACCAAUUUUACUAAAUGUUUCAUAUUUCUUCAAAUGCUCGACUAUUUCUUGUCGGUACCAAUAGAAAUUUAAUCGAUUCCUUGAGAGUUGUUACCCGUCUUUAUGCCACCGAGCCUAAAGUACCUAAAAAAGGACCAGGACCUGGCGGUGCAGGAGCCAAGAAAACCUAUUCUCGGGAUAAGCCUCACAUAAAUAUUGGUACAAUUGGACAUGUUGAUCAUGGAAAGACAACUCUUACCGCCGCCAUUACGACCAUUUUGGCUGAGAGAAAAUUAGCCAAAGUUAAAUCUUAUGAAGACAUUGAUAAUGCUCCACAAGAAAGGCAGAGAGGUAUCACAAUUAACUCGGCUCAUGUUGAGUAUUCAACCGACAAGAGACAUUAUGGUCACACAGAUUGUCCUGGUCACGCUGAUUAUAUCAAAAAUAUGAUCACUGGAACCAAUAUUAUGGACGGAAGUAUUUUGGUUGUUGCUGCUACCGAAGGACCCAUGCCCCAGACCAGAGAGCAUCUUGUCUUAGCUAAGCAAAUAGGUAUUGAACAUAUAGUCGUUUAUUUGAAUAAAACUGAUAUCGCUGAUCAGGAGAUGAUUGAAUUAGCUGAGAUGGAAUUGCGAGAUGUUAUGACCGAAAUUGGUUUUGCAGGAGAAUCAGUACCAAUUGUUUCUGGUUCAGCUUUAUGUGCAUUAGAAGGUGUUAAACCUGAACUUGGUCGUGAUUCGAUUAUCAAAUUAUUAGAUGUUGUAGAUGAACAUAUUCCCGAACCACCAAGAGUUUUGGAUAAACCUUUCAUGUUGCCAAUUGAGAGAACUCAUAUGAUCCAAGGAAGAGGUACCGUUGUAACCGGUAAAGUUGAAAGAGGAAUCCUAAAGAAAGGAGAUGAAGUUUCCAUAUUGGGUUAUGAUAAAGAAAUUAAAACAUCAAUUGCUGGUAUCGAAAUGUUCAAACAACUUUUAGAUGAUGCCAGAGCUGGAGAUUCAAUUGGAGCUCUAAUUCGAGGUGUCAAACGCGAAGAUGUCCGUCGUGGAAUGGUUCUCUGUGCCCCUGGAGCGAUGCAACUUUGCGACCAUGCGAUGGCCAAAGUGUACUUCCUUACUAAAGAGGAAGGAGGAUUCCAAAAGCCAAUAUUGAAACAUCUCGUUGCCACAUUAUACACAUUAACAUGUGACAUGAAAUUCAAACUUGACAUGUUAGAAAAAGAUAUGGUUAUGCCCGGUGAAGAUGUUGAGAUGAGAAUCCAACUUCCUAAAGCAAUUGUCAUGGAAAAGGGACAAAGGUUCACAAUUCGUGAGAUGGGCUGUACAUUGGCGACUGGAGUUAUUACCGAAAUCAUGCCCAAUAUGACGAUGACGGAGAAACAAGCAUUCUUGAAAGGACGAACACGAAAGGAGAGAGAUGCCUUCCAAGAGAAAUACGCUGAAAUUUUGAAAGAAUAUACAAAGAAACCAGUUCUUGGUUGAGAAAACAAUCAAACAAUUGAACAAUUUACCUGAGUAGUAAUGAGGCAGCAAAAAUGGAAAGAAAAUUGAUUAAUUGAAUGAUUACAAUUUACACAUGUAACCUCAAUUAAUUGCCGUUAAAAUUUUCUAAAUAGCGAUUGAUGUUAACUAACAAAUUGACAGUUUUGUUUUUCCUACAAAAGAGAUGAUCACAUUCAUCAACUGUGUAGUUUUUGCUAGUUGUUUAUCAAUGAACAAUAAAUUAAACACUUGAUAAUA